AUGCCUCGACGAUCCCACACAAAGUCCCGCAAUGGCUGUGAUACCUGUAAGAAGAGGCGAGUCAAGUGUGAUGAGACAGGCCCUCCAUGCUCCAACUGCCGCUCCCGUGAAAUCCAUUGUUCAUAUUCCAACAUUCACAAAGUCCACAUGCUGGCUGUCUCUCCCAGUACCAGUUCACUGUCCCCCUUGCCUUCCCUACUGACACCCCUCACUCCCCCGGCUCCUACAGUGAUGAAUGUAGCCCCCUCAAAUGGCUCCGAACUCCGCAAUCUUGAAUUAAUGCACAAAUUCUCCACAGAGACCUAUAAGAGUCUCUGUGCUGAUGCGUUACUAUACCAUGCAUGGCAGGUGAUAGUGCCUCAAAAGGCAUUUAGCCAUGAUUUCCUGCUGAGUGGCAUCCUUGCUCUGUCCUCAUUACACAUAGCAUCUACUGUAGAGUUGCCUGCGGCAUCAUCCUACAUUGAUACGGCUCUUCAGUAUUACCAUAUGACAUUUGCCCCUUUUCGCAAGGCGCUGGAUAACAUCUCACCCAUGAACUGUGAUGCUGUCUUCGUCCAUUCGGUCAUUACGAUGGCUAUCAGCAUUUCCUUACCGAAACUGACGGCGCAGAGAGAUGAGACCUCCAGCAUGAUUGAGACUGUUACAGCCGUCUUUGAGCUCCUGCGGGGCACCAGUAACAUUUACCACAUCAGCCGUUCUUGGUUCUCGACAGACUUUUUUUCGAACAAAGAUUGGGCCUCCACAGUACCCGAACGACUAGAUGCCGACACCCAAAUGGCUUUGACGAGAUUGGAAGUGUUGAACGACGAACUUGUUCUGGAUGCAGGCCAGCGCCAGAUCAAUCAAAAUGCGAUUUCCAUACUUCAGAGUUGCUUUUCCCGAAGCGCCAAUCUGGAGAAUCCCAUCGAGCCAGUCAUGGCAUGGCUGGCAAUGGUGGAUAAGGAGUUCUGCUCCUACUUGAGACAUCGCCGAGCCCUUUCCUUGUUGAUUCUCAUGCACUGGGGGACGCUUCUGGGCGAAUUGGAUGGGCGUAUCUGGUGGGCCAGGAGCGCGGGAAAGGCGCUUAUCUCGGAGCUGCUGAUGAUACUGCACUCCGGGGACUCUAGGUGGGAGGCUGCAAGGAUGUGGCCUCAGCAGAAGCUAGCGGCUAAGUAG